AUGGCUGCGCAACAUCCAAAUGGACACCCGGGCGCUGGAAUGGUACAGCAAAUGCAUCCCGGUGUAUCUGCGCCGGGAGGACCUCAAGCUAGCCAACCGGGCCCGAUGAUGGGUGGUAUGCCACCGGGCGCUGGGACAGCUGGUCCUGGUGGCCCCGGUCCAAAUGCUCAUGCCCUCUCCCAUCUGAAUCCCGCGCAGGCGCAUAUGCUUCAGAAUCCCCAAUUCCAACAAAAUUUUGCGAACAAUCCCCAUCUAUUACACCAGCACCAACAACAGCAACAGCAACAAUUAAUGCGGCAACGAAUGAUGCUUCAACACCAGCAGCAGCAACAACAGCAGCAGCAACAGCAGCAGCAUCAACAACAGCAGCAGCAACAACAACAGCAACAGCAUGGUCUCCCUGUAUCCAUGCCCAAUGGCACACAAGGGCUUAAUGCACAAGGACUUACUGCUGCUCAAAUGGCUGCAAUGCAAGCGAACCCUGGAAUGAGACCCGUCAACAUGAUGCAGCUUCAGCAGCAAAUGCCACACGGCCAGCCGCCAAGUCUCCAACAACAGCAGCAAUUUUUUGCUAUUCAACAGGCUCAGCAGCAGGCCCAGCAGGCCCAGCAGGCUCAACAUGCUCAACAGCAGGCAAAUAAUGGACAAUCAGGCCAGCACACCCCGCAGCGUGCAUCGGCACAACCCCCGAAUCUGCACGAACAGAGUGCUACUCCACAGUCACAGCAUGGCGGACCAGGAGGCGGCACACCACAACCCUCUCAAACCUCUCAGCCGCCACCCACCCAACCCCCACAACCACAGGGACCCCCUCAAGGCCACGCAACACCUAAUCCCCCAUCGCAGCAAUUGCCGCAGUCUCAACAGCCGGGUCAGCAGGGGCAGGUUGGUCCACAGCCCCAACCUCCCCAGAGUGCCCAGGGCCAGCAGCCGGGUCCUCAAAAUCAACAGAUGACCGCGCAGGAGGCUCAAUUGAAAGCACAACAGCACCAAAAUGCUCUUAUUAUGCAGCAGCAACAGCAGCAAAGGAAGAAUAACGCAAUCUUGACUAUUCACGCCUAUGCCGAGCAUCUGGGCAACUUCCAACCCCGCAACGAAACGCAAGAUCUUCUGUACUGGCAAUCGUUCGUCGAUCGCUUCUACUCCCCUGUAGGUGUGUUGCGGCAGGGUGUUUGGAACAGCUCAAUUGGAUCUAAGCAAUUUGAAAUUGCGACUCCUGCUCUGGCACGUUAUUAUUUCACCCAAUUUACCAGCGGGAUUAGUCAAAUCCAGAUGGUGGUGGAAGGUGCUCGCGAGCGGGAAUCUCACAAUGGAGGGCAUUAUGUGGAAGCCCCAAAAUGCUCAUUCAUUUAUUGGUUCAAGAAUGAGUGCCAGCUUUUCACUAAUGGCACCCUUCGUGCGCAUUUCGAUAUGCACAACAAGCUCGAGAUGCUUGAUAUUCAUGUCGUCAGCCACAACGAGUAUAUUCCGCGGUCUUUAUUGUUGGCCAUGGAGGCGGAUUCCCAAAAGCAAAGUCCGAAGGUCGCCAAGAACUCAAAACGUGCCCAGCCUAAGCAAGCACCAUCAUUAGUGCCAGACUCCAACGUGACUGCCAAUGGCGUACCUACUCCAGUCAUGGGAUUUAUGGAAGUGGCUGAAACAAUCUCGGCGAUGCAAAUGCUGUUCCAAUUUUCGCAGGCAAAUCCGCAGCUAUCGCCUCCCGACGCUUUGCGAAACCUCGUCAACACCCUUCAGGCACAAAAUCCCAACCCAGGCUUUGUGCCAACUCCUAUACCCAUGAACCAGGGCAUGAAUCCGAACAUGAAUCCGGGUAUGAAUCCAGGCAUGAAUCCAAACAUGAAUCCGGGUAUGAAUCCAGGCAUGAACCCAAACAUGAAUCCCGGCAUGAACCCAAACAUGAAUCCUGGCAUGAACCCAGGCAUGAAUCCCAACAUGAACCCUGGUAUGAACCCAGGCAUGAGUCCGGGUAUGAGCCCGGGUAUGAAUCCAGGCAUGAGCCCGAGCAUGAAUCCAGCUAUCAACCCAGGCAUGAAUCCCGGCAUGAACCCAGCAAUGAAUCCAGGCAUGAAUCCAGGCAUGAACCCAGCAAUGAAUCCGGGCAUGAAUCCGGCGAUGCACCCGGGUAUGAGUCCGGCCAUGAAUCCAGGAAUGCACCCAGGCAUGAAUCCGGGCAUGAACCCAGGCAUGCCCAUGCAAAACGUUCGGGGACAUAGCAUGGGUGCUCCGUCCCAGUUUGCCUCGCCGGCAAUGGCUCAUCUUGGUCUUCCCGGGCAGCAAGGCUCACCUCAUCUGACUGGUUCAGCGCAUGCGAGCCCAGCUCAAAGCAAUCUUGUCGGUCCUCCCGGAAUGCAACCACCAAUGCAACCAUCCCCAGCUGGUGUGAACAACAGUCCAAAUGUAGGUGGCAAACGUCGCCGGGCAAGCACCGUCAAAAUGGAGUCAGAGGAUGGUGGUGGAGUAGAAGCUAACGGCGCUCCGCAACAGGGCUCAGCGAAAGUAAAGGCUAGCCCUCGGGUGCCGAAGCGACAAAAAGGGCGCCGCCGCCUAAUCAUAUUGAGAGUUUUGGUUUGCUUCCCUUUGCUUUCAUUUUUCCUCGCCGUUUCAAGCGGUGCAGGACCGGCGUACGACUGGAUACCUGGGCGAGGCACGUCGCGCCCCUUCUUGUUUGUUUACUCCUCUCAUCUAGGUCUUUCAUCACAUUGA